AUGCCCAGUAAGUUAAAUCCGACGGAAGAGCAUUACCUCAAAAGAGAGCUUUUAAAGUUCCAAUUGAAUCGGGAAUUUGCUGCGCUGAAUGACCAAUACGGUCUGAGGAAGUUUGGCUACCCCUUUACCAGUGAGGAUCCUAAAGCAAAGUCAUCAUCAAAGAGACGUGCUCUCAAACAAGCGAUAAGCUCGAAAUCUAGCUCUAAUAGAAGCUCUAUGGAGGAGCCAAAUGAUAGAAAAGUAUCAGCGACUGAUUUCCCGUUGUUAAGCUACGUCUUACGAGAACUCAUCAUCCCAUUUCCGCUGCUAGCCAAGGAUUUGGCCUAUGAUGAGACUUUUUGGCAAAAAAAGGUUCAAGUAUUCUUCGAACAUUUCAUGGAAGUUGGAUUUAGCGACAGUUAUAGUCGAGAGGAGUCAACCAAGCGUAAGAGAAUCUCGACAAAAUUGAAUAAAGCCAUACUGCUCCUGUUUAAUUCCGGUAUAGGGACAUCUCAAGAAGUGGAAUACUACAAUGAGGACAAAUUUAUACUAGAGAACAACGAGACGAAGAAACGAACAGGUGUAGAGCAGUUUACGAUGCCAACGAGGGAAAAUUUACAAUUUUUGGUGACAAAUGAGCCAAUCUUUAUCGGCGGCUGGGAUGUAAAUGUCGUCGCAGUAGUUCCUGAAGUCGCCUUGUUUCCUGAGAGAAAGGUGGUAGAACCACCAAAGAGCACGCUAUUGUCUCCUAGAUGGAUGAAAGACACAUUUAGCGCUGCUGCUUCACCCUCAGCGCUCUUCUCAAAGCUGAACAUUAUGGACACUGGUAGCUCAACAAAGUCUUCCAAGGUUCCUCAUUUGUUUAUUCUGAAAGUGUCAAGAGAAUCAAAGCCUGAUGAGACAUUCUACGUGGCUAAGAGCUACGCAGAUUUCAAGCAUCUAGCGCACUCAUUAAAAACUGAAUAUCCCGGCAAGAAAGUGACUCACUUGCCUCACAAGUCAACGCACACUGUUCCAGCUAUAGCAAGCUCAGAAUUUCCAUCGACACCAAAAAAUAAAAUAAUCCCCACUUUUGCUGAAGAGACGCCAGUGUCGGACAGUGGUAACGUAGACACCGACGAACUGACAACAAGCGUUGAUGAUGCCGACGAUGACACCGAGGAUAUGGAAGAGUAUCAGGAUGUAAAGGAGUUUAAAGAUGGUGUCCUCAUCUGUGAAAGGAUGCGAACUUCUUUGAGACAGUACGUAAGAACGUUGUGUGCAGAUAAAGAAGUUGCAGCUGGCUCCAUUCUUUCGACGUUCCUUACUGAUUCUCCUAUUGACUACAAUGAUUUCAAGAUGGAAAUACGUGAUGAUAUUUCCCAAAGGAGCAUGGUAGACGUCAAGAAUUUAGAGAAUCAGGUUAAAUUUCAAACGCUUGCUUUGGAAAAAUCCUUGGCUCUACAAGAAUCGAUGAAGGAAUUCAAAACUUCACUGCUGAAGGAUGAGAACUAUUUACUUGGUUUGAUACAGGAGCUGAAAGUGAAAACAAAAAUGAGUGAGCUCUCGCCUUUACUAUUAAGCUUUGUUGAAUGGUGUAAGAUCUAUCUCUCGUCAACGAUUUACCAGAUGUUCUUGGGCAACGAUAGCGGAUACGAAUUUUACAACCAGAUUAGGAAACUACAUAGGCUGAUGCCAUAUGCGGUGAUGGGACAGAUUUUAAGGCUGACAAACCCCAUGGGAAUGGUGAAAGCUAUGAUAGAUUUAUUCAUGGCCCAGCCGUUCGGCAGCCAGUCACUGCUGCAAACCAUGUUCUCCACAGUACUGUCUGACGAUCUAAGGAAUCAAGAGAAGGUGAUUCAUGAACUUGAAGCGAGGCUGUUGGAAAAGUCAGAAAAGUCAGCUGAAGUCAUACAGUGCUUGAAGGCAGUCAUAUUUGAUAACGAGCAAAAAAAAUAUGUGGACAUGGAAAGUGUACAAGAAGAAUCCAGGACUACUACCACGCCCAUAUCACUGAUCAUCUUGCUGCGUAAUGCCGAAUCGGGCGUUAUAUCCCAUGAAGCCGCGGGAGAAGUGAUUGAAUCAUACGCGGUUUGGAAACUGAAACAAAACUCUCCUGCUGACUUGAAGGAAGCUGAUUUCAAUGACGAUGGUAUCUUGUUUUCGUAUAUCCGGGAGCUCCUUACUCUGUACAUACGGGAAAGGGACAAGAAGCUUAUGAAAAAACUAUGGCAGGACCCUGAACUGUCCCAAUUGCUAAAAUCCAUCAUGACGUUAUUGUAUGAACCUAUGGUCCGGAUAUUCAGAGUUGCUAGAGUCGAUAAUGCUUUGAGAAAUUUCGAAAAGUUUAUGAAUGACUUACUCAAACUGGUUGACUCUGCCUUAAAUGGUCAGAUGGGCGCUUCGACAGCCUUCAACGUAGUCGAGAGUAUAAAUGAUCUGGUGACCAAACACCAGGAUUCUUUUCUCGAAUUCAUUCACGAUGUUUACAUCCACGAUACAGAGGGUAUCUUUGAAGGAUUCAUUACUUGGAUAGUCAAGCUGGUCAAGUUUCUACAACAGAGCAAAUAUGGACCAGCCGAUAAAAGGAUUAAUUUCGACGAACUUUUGCAGGAUUCGAAGGUGGACGUUCCGCAACUACUUAAGGAACUGGACAAUGUUAUAGAGAAAAAACAAGUGGCAAGGAAGGCCUAUAGAAAGCUGCUAGACAAGAAGAGGAGAGAGGAAGAGUUCAAAGUCAACCGCCAUGCAUCUAAGGUACUUGAGAAAAAAUGGGAGCAACUUAAUUCCUUUGUCAUGCCUUCGAAUACAGAAACAUUGGGCCUACAGGAUGGUGACCUCGUUGAUUUGGAUCUAGAUGCGGCUGACUACGAAAACUUGUUUGACGGUGAAGAAUCUGAGUUAGAAAGAGAAUACCAAAGUGUCCUGAAUCGGGAAGUUGAAGAGAAAGAGAUUGAAAAGUUCGGAGCUGAAGUUUUCAAACAGAAGCUCGAAAAUAUUCUUCUCCGCGAACAAUAA